AUGUUUAUUCUCGUACUGCAGAACGCGGGUUAUGUCCAAGGAUGUAUUCUUAAGCGAGGCCAGAUACCGAAUCCGAACCGCGAAGGCAGGUAUUGGCAUUGGUCCGACUUCAAUGUCGGCGAUGAAGUUAGUUUCUACGGAAUCAUUUACAAGUUGUGCGGCUGCGAUCAAUUCACCAGAAAGUAUUUGACGAGCAUGGGUGUGGUGGUGGCCGAUAAUGAACCAGUGAUCGAGGACCCUUACAUCGUAAUUAGACAAAUGGCACUGCAGCGGGAAAUCGAAAAAUCGAAAAUGUCGAGUUUGGCAUCCAACGGUAGAUUUGCGGAGGAAAGGCUCAAAAACUUUUUUAAAUACGACGCGAUGGCACUGAGGUUUUACGCGACCUGGAAUAGUGACAUUUUGGAUGCCACAGAGCAUAAGUACUUCGUAAUCAUUUAUUACCUAACUGACGAUAUGUUACAAAUCAGCGAAUCAAAAACCAUGAGUAAUAAAUGUCAGCUGAAUCAAUCUGGUAUGUUUUUAAGCAAAAUUAAACUACCCAAAAAUUGGUCAAAUUUACCAUCAAACUUUCCAUCUAUUUAUUUAGAAGCAGGAGUUGAUGAAUAUCAAGGAUAUUAUGGACUGAAAGAUUUCAUAAUAGGAAAUACAAUAGAUGUAUUGGGUCGUAGAUUUAUAAUAUAUGACUGUGAUCCAUUCACUAGAGAUUACUUCAAAGACAUUUUGAAAAUUAUUCAACCUGAACCCAUCCAACCAAUAAAACUAAAAGACGAUAAUUUAACUGUGAAGCAAAUGGCGAUACCACCUCACACUGGUAUUGGCGAUCCAGACGAUACGCGUCAGAAUUGUUUAUCACUUGUACCUAAACCACCAAAAAUUUUGGAUUUUGUUACGUUCGUGCUUAAUGCAAGUAAUAAACUCAGGUAUAAAUUGAAGAUGGUACCUGUGUAUGAAGUAGACAACCUUCGUGAUUUCAUCAUGGAAUUUUGCCUUGGCAACGAUCAAAUGUGUAUAGUUGAAUUAGCUGGUAAGAAUAGUGGAUUCAUUCAAGGACGGUUCAUGUCAGCUUCACGAUUACGGAAACCUGGUACCAGUGUAGAUGAAAAUCAGUUCUAUGGGCCCAAAGAUUUUGCUAUCGGUGCGGAAUUGUAUGCAAAAGGUUUGGUAUUCAUAAUUACCGAGUUGGACUUGUGGUCGUACAAUUAUAUGAUUGAAAACAAAGAUAUGUUUACACAAGAUGCGAUAGAUGGAGCUAAACGGUUUUUGGAAAGCAAAAAUUUGUUAAGCAUUGAAGAAAACGUGGACGUGAACGUGGGCGUGGGCGUGGACGUGAACGUGGACGUCUGAUAAUUGGGAUGUUAAAAUAUUAGUUUAUAGAAGUACAUACAUUUUACCGGCUACCUAAAUUUUAACCUAGGUAACUUUUUAUGUUCAAUAAUAAACUUCAAUAAAUAUUAUCAAAAAGUUAUACAUCAUGUUUAUAAUAUUACAAUGACUAAGUUCAUCGAUACUAAACUUCAAAAAACUUUAUAGUAAUGUUUACUAAGAGCUUAUAUUAUUAUGAAUAAUUAAGUGAUAAUAAAUGGUUGUGAUAAAUAACAAUGAACAGUCUUGUGCUUUAAGCUUUUUAUUUCUCUUCACUUAUUGAAGACUAAAUGUGAUCACUUGAUUAACGUGCCUUGCUUUUCUUCAUAACUUACCCAUCACUGUUGUAGGUACACGUUUCCAAAUUCAGAGCUCGAGUUUUUGUUAGUUUUUCAAGACAUGCUUUUCACCGCUGUCUCAUCUACAUAACUCAUGAGCCUCCCUUAUCAUUUUUAUUUCUAUUCGUCAAGUUUUCAUCACCCAAACCAAGUCUAGUGAAUCGCUGUUAGCUGAUUUACCAACGAAUUUAACGCUAGUUAUCAUUAUUCACUGCUACCCAGUUGUUCGCUGGCUCUUUAUACGUUUGGUUGCCCUAAUACAUUUUAAGGGAUUAUCAUGGAUAUGAGUUCCAUAUUUUGGGAUAACAUUAUUUGCAACUUUCUAUUUAUCAAUCUUUCUCCGCUUUAUCUAUCCUCCCACUAUCACCCUAUCUACUCUAAAUUUGUCUUUGACCUCUUCCAAAGCUUCUUCUGCUCGAUUGCUACCAAGUCAUCUGUUUAAAAACACAUAGUAUACUCCGACCGACUUACUACAACAUUAUCUUACAUUCUCAUCUAUGUUAGUUACACAAAACGUAAAAUGUGAAUAUUUCCAAAAACAAAGCACUCGGAUAUUAACUGAAAUCUCGUAUUGAUACUUUGGCUUCGCGUUUUGAUGUUCUGUCCACAGAAAUCUAUGAUAUUAUAUGCACCAAGCUUAAUAUCUUUGAUGCAAGAGUCUCUAUCCUGGAAUCUAAUAAAUAUUC